CAAUCAACCUACCAAUAACAAUAACAAGUCCAACAACAAAAGUUGCAAAACCAAGCCUUCCUUUCCUUACUCACCUCAACAACAUCACAAUUCCCAACACAACACAAUCUCUGAACCCUUCCUUCAGUGGUCCCUACUAUUCCCAACACCCCAUCAACACGUUCCUUCCAAAAUCCUCACUUUCAGGAAACUCACUCUUCAUCUCUUUUCACCCCAAUCCCUUCAAACUCACCCCCACAAAUUUUCACCUCUUUCCCCAACUGGGUUCUCAUAAAAAUCUGUUUUUUUUUUUUGCCUAUGCUUUUCUGAAAGCCAUGAAUUUCAGGAGCUUGGAGGAGUUCUGGGCCUUUUACGUGAACCAGCAUUCGAAGCCUUCCACGAGGAGGUGGCACUUUGUGGGAACGCUCUUCAGUAUUUUCUUUUUGUUCUGUUCAGUUUUCUUCAGCUGGUGGUUCUUGUUCUUGGUGCCCUUUUCUGGGUAUGGAUGUGCCUGGUACAGUCAUUUCUUUGUGGAGGGGAAUGUUCCAGCCACUUUUGGACACCCCUUUUGGUCACUCUUGUGUGAUCUCAAGAUGUUUGGGUUGAUGCUUACUGGGAAAAUGGAUAGAGAGAUCAAGAGGCUUGGCAAAAGACCUGUGCUGCAAGUGUUCUGAUUUCCAUGUUUGGAUUGGUCCCUUUUGUUUGAGUACAGGAAAUAUUCAAGUGCAAAUGCAUUUGUUGAAGCUCAUCAGUGGGGAUGAUGGUGCUUUGUGAUUGCUUGGCUUGCCAAUCUUUGAGAAGCCCGUGUUAUGUUCAAAAUUCAAUAGUAUGAUAUGAAGUGUGCAUGACACCAAUCAGGUAGACUUCAGUGAUCUGGGAUACCCGCAUGUAGUCUUGUGACAUGCCAUGGUAUUUGCAUGGUCUAUGUGUAUAUUGAAAGUUGAAACAUUUGUUGCUGUUUGCUAGCAAUAAUUACAUCUCAAUUCAAUAAAACCUACCAUAAGUUUGGAGUUUCCCAGCAAAUUUUGCUUAUACAUGUAGUUUGCAAACUUGUUUGUUGGCAAAUUCAUAGGAAAUAGAUAAAUAAGCAAGCAUGUCUUUAGAACAUCUAAUAAUUAUAUGAAAAUUGAUUUAGAGUGUA